AUGGCAGAACAAUCCUCUGAUCACUCAUGUAAUGGAGAGCAAUUGUGUGGGCUAUCCAAAAGGGUGAUACUGGUUCAAAGGGUUACAGGAAUUCUGGUAGGCCCUUCGCUGGUCCCUGGAGCUACUGGUCAUAUAGGGCUACCAGGAACUCGUGGAUUGAAGGGAAAUGUUGGUGUUCCAGGCAUUAAGGGUCAAGAAGAUGACAAGGGAGAAAAAGGAGUUAAAGGACCAAAAGGAAGUGUUGGAGACAAAGGACCAACAGGACCAGAGGGUGUUAUUGGUAAAAGAGGUCCACCAGGAGAGAUUGGAUCCCAAGGCCAACCUGGAGAACAGGGUGUUCCUGGAGAUGAGGGUCCACCAGGAAAUGUUGGAUCAGUUGGACUUCCUGGGCUGCCUUUCCCAGCAGCUCGUGUGAUAGAAGUGUGCAAACGAAUUGUCUUAGAACAAAUGUCAAUGUUUGCCAAUAGUGUUGGGAGGAAAUGUGCCAGGACGUGCCCACUUUAUGGAGAUGUGCCUAUGGGGCCUCCAGGACCUGUUGGUUUGCCUGGACCCUCUGGAGAAGAGGGCAAACCUGGGUUAAAUGGAGCUGAUGGAGAACGUGGACCUAAAGGCUUUUAUGGCGAUGUUGGUGACCCAGGAAAACAAGGACCAAAACGUGACCAUGGAGACAAAGGAGAUAGAGGUGCCAAAGGUUUUGUAUUUGCUGGCUUUGAGGGCAAUCAAGGCCUAAGAGGUGAAUGUGGAAGAAGUGGACUAGCAUUCGAUGGACUUCCAGGUCAGCCUGGCCCACGGGGACAUAUGGGACAGUCUGUUUUGAGAGGAUACCCUGGACUUAGAGGGCCUCCUGGUAUAUGUAAAACAGGGUGUGAUCCUUAUCUUCCAAAUGAUGUAGAUCAGCAAAGUGAGUAGUCAUGUUCUUUCGUAUGGCAAGCAAAGUGAGUGAGAGAAACAUGAUGAAAUCCUUUGAUGUGGAAGAAAACAAGUGUAAACAAACAAAGUACACGUUUGCUCCCUUUUCAAAAUUGAAAUCUUUUGAAAAAUACAUAUGAAUUACUGUUUAAUUUAGAAGCCAGUUCACUUCGUGAAUUUUUAGUGUAAACUAAUAACAUGAUAAUCCUACCUAAGAAGUGGUAAACCAUUUCACUUCAAUGGGUCCUUAUGGGGUUCAGAUAGAUAUUUGUUUUUAAAAUACUGCAUUUGCUUUUUAAAUGUCGAGUACAUUGUACAACUUAUAUUAAUAUAAAGCAAUGCCAUGUUUUAUAUUUGACAUCCAAACAACUAUUUCUUUUUUGAAUGUA